GCACUUAAAGAAAUUGAUAAACUGAAUCAGUUUAACUUGUUGUUUCUCUUAUCAUUUUAAUUGUAUUUUUUUUUCUAGUUAAUUGUUUAUUGAUUCAGUUUGCAAGUUGAAUUUAUUGGAUACUAUGGAUACAUCUACUUCUUCUUCUGAUGCUAAAGGUUUUGGUCGAGUGACACUCAAUUGGUCGCCCGCUUCUGAGAUUAUUUGGACAAAUGGUCGAGAAUUGUUACAAUGUAUUGAUUAUCGAGAUGAUUUUUAUAAAGCGAUUGAAGAUGUUGCCGUCAAAAUGAGAGAAAGAGCUUCUCAAGAUUAUGGUCUUAACGAGUCAUAUGUUCCUGAUGAUCCAAAGCUACGAUCACUUUGGACUUGGAUUGAAUCGGCUAAGGAAAUGUCUACUAAGAUUCCAUCAAUCGACAAGAAUGACAAGCUGAUUGGUGUCCGUCAAUUGCUUUUUGGAUCAAUCAUUAGUGACAAUUCAAGUACCAUUUUAAAAAAAAGUGAUCUCAACUAUGCUCAAUGGGCUGAUUUGCCUUCUAACGCCAAGAUUCCCGUUUACAAAAGCGAUGAGCGUAGUCACUCAUUGAACCUUUGUGGUUGGGGCGAUAAAUUGGAUUCUUUAAUUGACAAUCUUAAAGCUAAAUCACAAUUUACUCGAGCUGCUGCAAUUUCAGUGUUUAAUCUGAAAAUGAGAAAAGCAAUUGAAUGUUUAAUCGCAGGUUCGGCGGCUCAGGUUGAGAAUGGAGGUGAUCCAAAUUUAUCCACUGUUGCCAUGGCUCUUUCGGGUUACACGGGAGAAAAAAAUUCUUUAUGGAGAGAAAUGUGUUCCGCUUUUCGCUGUGAACUCAACUUACCCUAUUUAAAGGCCAUUUUCUCGUUCCUUACCUCCGAAACUGAAACAUAUGAGGAAAUCCUUUACGACCAUUCCCUUGAACUCUCUGAUAGAGUCGCUUUUGCAGUCACCUUUUUACCCGAUUCUCAAUUACAAUAUCAUCUCGAUACCUAUUCCGCCAUGUUGGUUGAAAAUGGUCACAUCGAUGGACUCUUGAUGACCGGUAUUACCAACGAAGGAUUAGAUUUACUUAAUCGUUACGUUGAAGCAACAAGUGAUGUACAAACUGUUUCCUUUGUGAUACUUCACUCACUUCCUAGUCAUCAUUAUAAAGAUCCUCGAGUACAACUAUGGGUAGAAAAUUAUCGAAAUAUACUCGAUUGUUGGAGAUUAUGGCAUAAACGAGCUCUUUUCGAUAACGAAUGGUUUAAAAGGCUAAACUACGAUCAAGUUCCUGGACCUCAAAUGUUUGUCAACUGUAAUUACUGUGGUAAAAGUGUUUCCACCAUCCACAGUUUACCUCUCAAUAGUAUCAGUGGAUCAGGUAAUCAAUUGAAAAACAGUGUUGACCAUUUGCACGCACUAAGUAAGGUCAACGCUUCUGUUUUGAAAGCUCGAAUCCAGAGUUGUCCCAAUUGUCGUAAACCUCUACCUCGUUGUUGUAUCUGUUUAACUCAAUAUGGAACACCGACUCGAUUCUCAUCUCGAACUGAUUACUCCAGUUCGUCCAAUGAAACGGGAAAGAAAAAAAUAAAACCACACAACAGUUGGUUCUCUUGGUGUCAAACUUGUCGACACGGAGGUCACGCUAAACACAUGAUGGACUGGUUUAUGGAGCAAUCAGAAUGUCCAGUCAGUGGAUGUCCAUGUCGUUGUAUUUCACUCGAUACUGUGGAAAAGUUUCAAAGUUAAAGGAUUCAACUUUUCCGGAAGAGAAAACUUUGAGGGUGAACUAUCACAAUUAAAUGAUAGAAAAAAUCAGUUGAACCGAUUAAGGAUUAAAUGACUCACUUUGAGAUCGAGAAAAAAACUAUCAUGACAUUCAUAUAAAAGGAUAAGUUCAAUGGUGAAUUUUUUUCCAGUACAAAUGUGAAUUUUGUGUACAUCGUUUUUUUAAUCAUCAUCAUGUAUCUAGUUAAUUGUUUGGUAUUUAUUUUUCUAUCCAUGGAAUUGAUUUCUUCUGCUGCUAUUCAAAAUUCAUCUCAUCCCAAAGUAACAAUCAAAAAUUGAACAAUGUUUAAAUCAAUGGAAUACGAGAUAAUUAAUUUAUCGGCACCGGAACCAUUUAGACAGUCUUCAACUUUACCACCUUCGCCUCCAACCACAACCAAGACAACUUUAUCACCGACAAUAUCAUCAAAUUCAACAACAACCUUAUCCACCCCAUCAACGCCAAGAUCAAGACUGGAAAUCGAACCGGAAAUGGUUCGAACUCAAUCCCGAAUGAAAUUAAAUCGACAAGACAAAUCAGAUUUUAC